CAACGGCUUCAUAUAUCAAUUAUGCUGCUUGAUAACUAGCAAGGCUCUACUUGUCAACACAUGCUAUUUGACAUUGCAAGAUAUAAUGAACGACACAAUGUGAAGAGGGCCGCAGUGCAUCUUGAGGUCAUGUGAUCACGACGGGGCCCACGUUCCUCUCAACAUUGCGACGCGGCUCUCCAGCAGAUUGCUUCAUCGCAGUUCUCAGCAUCCGCUCUUUCAUACGAACACCCCAGCAUGGGCGUCCUUCCAAACAUCCUACUCGGCUUCCUAGGUGGACAGCUUUUCACGCGGGCCGUUUUUGACCAUGUUUGGUGGCCGCAUAUUGGUGCCGAUCUGUCUACCCUCAAGUCCAAAGUCAGCGCCCUUCAAAGGCAGGAAGCAGUGACCUUUUAUCGCAAUGUCGCGAACCAACCUACCAACCUCCUAUAUGUGACAAUCGGCAUCUCCGCCCUCAUCCUCAUCUCAACAUUUGGCCAAACCCUGGUGAACAAAACUCAUCGUGUUGUCAACCUCCUCUCUUUUCUCUCCUUUGCCACGGCAGUAGCAGCCUACGUGCUCAAAGUGCAUCCUAUUAUUCAGACGUUGGCGGGUAGCGUCCGACAAAAGGCGGAUGUGGAGGCCAAGAUGUUGUGGGAGGUGGCGGUUUGGCAAGCAGCGGUUGGGGUGCUUGUUGUAACGUGCCUGUUGAUGCAAACUUCUGUAGGAGAGGAGGAAUUACAGGUUGCAAGGAGUGAGAGGGCAAAGAAAGAUUGAGGCUGUGAGCUGUAAUUCUACAUCGAGUGCCGACAACAUGAAACAAUGCAUGUGAAGUUGAAUAGCAGUUUGUCC